UCCCUUCCCUCCUCUAUAGAUGAGGCUACUUUCAAUCGCAUUUAUUAUCUCAUAAACUCUUCACCCACGAUCUCGAGUUGGAUAUGUCAUCAUCUUCUCAGAGUAUAUAUAGAUGUCCAAAGGUUUCGUCACAUUCCUAAAUGCUACGUUUCUGCAGUGAUAUGGCCGUGACGUUGAGUUUUUUCGACUCUCAAGGCUGUUUCUUUUCACAAAAAAACUGAGGCCAUGCGUGUUGAUCCAAGGGUGGUUGUUGCUACCAACAUUGGCCCUAAAAUGGUUGGAGGCCAUUUGUUUCUUAAUGCCACCUCAGGAACACAUAUAUAUUUCGACAAGGAAACAAUAGCAGGGGAAACCUGUUUCUACGGGUUGGUCGCCAGAGACACUGGUCUUCCACUGGCGGCACCACUGCUGAGAGGGUAUACUAAGGUGGAGCUUAUAUCAUCUACAAAGAGAUCUUCAAAAACUUCCGAGUAACUCAGUGAACAACCAGUUGGCUUCCAGUUGAAAACGUCUCUUUAGUACACACCAAUUUGUCGCAUUACAGAGCGGAGCCGAGUUCCUUCAGAAACGCACCACACCCUCAAUGUUCUUCAGUUUUUCUUUUGUUCUACAGUCUUAGCACUAACGUUAUUUAUAUUCUAGAUAAACGCCUCUUUAAAUGUCAUUGUAUCGCAGAGAAUUUAUAAUACCAAAAGGAUAAAUAGUUGUUAAACAGAAUCCAAC